AUGCACCAGAGGCCAGAGAAGGUCACUAGUUAUGUGGACAACAGCUGGUCUACAGUGACAGAGCAAGCAGACACCAACACAAUGCAGUGGGAGGACAUUGAAAUAGAACUAGAGAUUGCAUCCAGCCACCAACAGCUCUAUCUUACAGAAGAACUGUUCCUGUGGGUUCACAAGUGGCAUUUGCCAUCUUCUCCAGAUCCCUGGUGUGUAAAAGAGAGUUGCACUGACUUACCAGUUAUUCCACACGCUUUCUGGGAAGUUCAGCCAACUGAGAAAGGGUAUCCUGUUGGGACUGUGCUGAAAUAUCGCUGUCUUCCUGGCUACAAAGCCCUUGAGAAUGAGCCUACAACUGUGACUUGUCAAGAAAAUUUGAGAUGGACCCCCUACAAAGUGUGUAAGGAGUUAUGUUGCCCAAUACCAGAACUAAAUGAUGGUGAAAUCACUCAUCAUAGAAAAAGUCGUCGCAGUACUGACUGUGUCUAUUUCUAUGGAGAUGAGGUUUCAUAUUUAUGUUCUUGGGCCCAAGAACAUUCUGCUACAUGCCAAUCAGAUGGCACAUGGAGUCCCCACACACCAUCAUGUGGUUGCAAUAUUCCUCCUACCAUCGCCCAUGGACAUCAUAAAGGAGUUCGUUCAUCCUCAUUGAAACAUGAGACUACUUACGAAUGUGAUGAAGGAUUCACUCUGGUGGGACAGGCAAAACUCUCCUGCCGUUCUUCACGCUGGUCACCUUCACCCCCUCAAUGUAAAGCUGUGUGUAUGAAACCAGAAAUAGUGAAUGGAAGGCUAUCUGUGGAUAAGGAUCAGUAUGUUGAACCUGAAAACAUCACCAUCCAUUGUCACUCUGGCUACAGUAGAGUUGGUCCUGAAAGCAUCAUUUGCUUAGAGAACAGAACCUGGUACCCAGGAGUGCCCAUGUGUGAGUGGGAUGCUGCUCAAAUCUGUGAGAAAGUGCGGGCAGGCAGAGAAGUCAUGCAGUGUCUCCCAAGGCAAGAGGAUGUGAAAGCGGCCCAAGAGGCAUAUAAGCUGUCUGUGGAGAUUGCUCUACUGGAAAUACUGAGAGAGAAGGCAAGACAGGCUACUCCGGAUAAAGAAUUGUAAUUUUCCAAAAGGAGGGAGAAAAAAGUGCCUUCCUGGCUUGCCUCCUGUGAGUCAAUACAGAUCACUUCAGUUUAGUAUAGCCACCUUUGCUUUGGCCUCACAUUCAUUGUCAUAAAUGUUUAAAAUGAUAAUUUGUUAAAGUUUAUUGCUUUGAAAUUAUAGAAUUUUUGACCAUUUUGUGGCUCAUGUUUUC